GGGUGUACACCUUCAGAAUAGAGGGACGUUUAUUUACUGUAGAACAGAGGCGAGGAGGAGUUUAUCAAGCGAGGACAGUGGGUCUUAUCUGAACAUGAGGUGACUCUGAUAGGAAAGUGGCUUUUGGCCGGAGGAACAUUUCUAGCUAGCAGCACGGCCGAUAAAAACAGUAGGACAGCGACUGUGUCAGUGGAUUCAACCGCCGCAACAGGGCUGGCUGGUGGAGUUAACCCGGAAUUGAUUGUCGGAAUCGGCUGUAAGGACGCACGGGGUGCGCCGAGCUGUGCCCCUGUAGUACCAUGCAAGCCCUAUAGCUGGCAAUGGCUGCAGCCACCGCCGGCUUUAGGGCAGCCGUUUUCCUCGGGGUCCCAUCGCGUCCCGUGUCCGGCAGAGCGGUACGCGGGCUCUCGCUGCUCACACGCUCCCUUUGUCUCUGCCACCCGCCGGCGUCCGGAGCUGCCGCUUCCCGGCGCCGACUUCACCCGGCGGCGAUGACCACCGAAGCGGAGCGGUCGCGGUUCCUGUCCAGCGCGGGCUCGGCCGGGGGACCGGCGGUUACCAGGAUAUCGGUGGAAGGAAACAUCGCUGUCGGAAAAUCCACAUUCACGAGAUUAUUGCAGCAGGUGAAUAGCGAAUGGGAGGUGGUUCCAGAGCCCAUCACAAAGUGGUGUAAUAUUUCCACGACCAGCGACAACAAGGACGCGGCUGAGCAGAAGAGCGUUGGCAACCUGCUUCAGAUGCUGUAUCAGGACCCCCAGCGGUGGUCCUACACCUUCCAGUCACACUCCUGCAUGAGUCGCAUCAAGACCCACCUGGCACCGCUGUCGCCCAGGCUCCUGAAGGCAACGGAGCCCACGCAGAUAUUUGAGCGAUCCGUCUACAGUGACAGGUACAUAUUUGCUUCCAGUCUUUAUGAACUGGGAUGCUUGAAUGCAACGGAAUGGGCUAUCUAUCAGGACUGGCAUACUUUUCUCCUCAAUCAGUUUGGCGUUCGAAUUGCUCUGGAAGGAAUCAUCUAUCUUCAGGCAUCCCCUAAGAAAUGUUUAGAAAGACUUCAGCAAAGGGGAAGAGCUGAGGAGAAGAACGUGCAGCUGGAUUAUCUGGAGAAGCUCCAUUCUCAGCACGAGAACUGGCUGGUGAACAAGUCCACUGAACUCCACUUUGAGUAUCUGAAGACCGUUCCAGUGUUGGUGUUGGACGUUAAUGAGGAGUUUGAGAAUGAUAAAACACGACAAGAAGCGCUUCUCAAACAGGUGAAGGACUUUGCGAAUACACUGAAGCUGGGAAAUUGAAACACGCUGUGCAUUCUUUGCAGCAACGUCACUCAGGCCAAGAAAAGGUUUAGCUCGCGUGUUGAUGCACAGCCAGGGAGAGACGCCUGUGUCUGAGAGAAGGCUGUGCAGGACUAGAUUCUUGCAAGUCACCAAUAGUACCUUCUACGGAAACCGGACAGUAACAAUUUCUCAAUGGUUCACAAGAUCACUGAUAACCCUGUCACAUUUUGUUUUCGAUUUUCUCAUCUGUUGUUACAUUUUGACUGGUGGGGCAAGGAGAGAAGAAAAUAUUUAAACUGUGACAUGUUCCCCCCCCCCACCCCAUCCAGCCCUUUCCAUGGCAGUUUGACAGAGUUGCCAUAGAAAUCCAUAACUGGAUAAAACAAGUAUUAACUGGGGUUGAUGUUUUCUAAUAUUUAUAAUACUUUCCUAAUAGUCUAUACAUAAGUUUUGAGUUAACAUCAUUUGGUAUUUCCUCAUAACUCUUUAUCCUUUUUUCCUCUCAAAUUUACAGUGUUAGAGCAAUAAAGUUUAUGAUGGUCUGCUUCAUUCAAUGCAA